AAUCCCGCGCAUGGCUUUAGCAAGCAUGUAUACAUGAUACUAAGCGGGGCAGAUGGUGACUGAGACCUCCCGACGUGUUGACUCCUGUUCAGAAAUUCGAAUAGAGAGCUUACAAAAUGUUUUUCAUCCGGCCACGCUGACACAUUUUCCCCCAGGGUUGGCUGAAAUGACAUACUGCAAUGGGUACUUAUACAAAAGCGAAUUGCACAAGACAUCAAGGGAAGCACGUACUGUACCAUGAUUUUAUCUAGGGUUGAAAAUCACAAUUCAAUUAUAGAAGUCUAAAAUGAGUAACUAUGAGGAGAGAGAGGAAGCAGAUAUUGUUCACUAUCAGAACCAGAGUGCAGCAUCUCCAGAGCCCAGCUGUGUGUCUAUAAAGAGUGACGUAUCCAUUAAUCUGCCUCCUUAUCUCAGUGAUGGGUCAGUGACCAUUGACCCCAGUGAUACUAAGAAAAAGAGAUCAGAAUCUCCAGAGCCCAGCUGUGUGUCUAUAAAGAGUGACGUAUCCAUCAAUCUUCCUCCUUAUCUCAGUGAUGGGUCAGUGACCAUUGACCCCAGAUAUUAUCAGACUGGAGACCCGCGGCAGGAUUCUCACCAACCAGUAGAUUAUGAACUACAGAGAAUCAAAGACCAACAUAAAACCAGCAUGAAGAACAAAUAUGAGAGCUUAUUUGAGGGAAUUAGCCUACAUCAAACCAUGCUGAACAGGAUCUACACACAGCUCUACAUCAUAGAGAGAGAGAGUGAAAGGGUGAAUGAAGAACACGAGGUUUUUCAAAUGGAGAAAACAGCCAGAAAACAACACUCACAAGACACUCCAAUCUGCUGCAAUGACAUCUUUAAAGCCGUACCUGAACCAGGAUGUGAGGACAAAGACUUAAUCAAGAAUGUUCUUACUAAAGGCAUCGCUGGAAUCGGAAAAACUGUCUCUGUGCAGAAAUUCAUUUUAGACUGGGCUGAGGGAAAGGUCAAUCAAGAUGUAGAUUUUAUGUUUGUGCUUCCGUUUCGAGAGCUGAACUUGAUCCGAGAUCAUCAGUACAGUCUUCAUAGACUUCUGCUGGACUUUCAUCCUGAACUUCAAGAUCUGGACUCACAGAUUUAUGAGGAGUGUAAAGUUGUGUUCAUCUUUGAUGGUCUUGAUGAAAGCAGAAUUUCACUGAUGUUUUCAGAUGAUCAGAAAGUUUCAGAUAUGACAGACACUUCAUCAGUUGGUGUGUUGAUAACAAACCUGAUGAAAGGAGAGCUGCUUCCCUCUGCUCUUAUCUGGAUCACCUCCAGACCAGCAGCAGCCAAUCAGAUCCCCUCCAAAUACAUCAACCGUCUGACAGAAAUACAGGGAUUCAAUGAGCUUCAGAAGGAGGAGUAUUUCAGGAAGAGAAUCAGUGAUGAGCAUCAAGCCAGAAAAAUCAUCUCACACAUCAGAAAAACAAGAAGCCUCCACAUCAUGUGCCACAUCCCCGUCUUCUGCUGGAUCUCAUCCACUGUGCUUCAAAAGCUCCUGAAAGAAGAUCUGAGUGCAGAAAUCCCUCAAACUCUGACUGAAAUGUACAUCCACUUCCUGCUGAUCCAGAUCAACAUGAGGAAUCAGAAGUAUGAAGAGAGAGAUCCAGGGAAAUUAGUGCAGUCCAACAGAGAAGUGAUUGUGAAACUUGCUGAACUGGCUUUCAAACAGCUGAUGAAGGGCAAUGUGAUGUUCUAUGAAGAGGACCUGAGAGAGAGCGGCAUAGACCUCACUGAUGCCUCAGUGUAUUCUGGGAUUUGCACUGAGAUAUUUAAGGAGGAAUCAGUGAUUCAUCACAGGAAAGUGUACUGCUUCAUACAUUUGAGCUUUCAGGAGUUUCUAGCUGCUUUUUAUGAGUUUUACUGUCACCUGAUGAAGAACUUAGAGUUUUUGGAUGACAAACAUGAUAAGAAAAACACAUUGUAUGAGCUAUUAACGUCAGCAGUUGAUCAAACCCUUCGGAUUGAAAAUGGACACCUGGAUCUUUUUCUGCGGUUUCUGCUAGGCAUUUCACUGGAGUCCAAUCAGAAACUCUUAGAGGAUCUACUGACACACACAGAGUACAGCUCAGAAACCACCAGAGAAACCACACAGUACAUUAAAGACAGGAUCAAGAGAUUUUACUUAUCAGCUGACAGAUCAAUCCUUCCGUUGAAUGAUUGUUAUAAUCAUCUUUCAGCUGACAAAUCCAUCAACCUGUUUCUCUGUCUACUUGAAGUAAAUGAUCAGACAUUAUAUAAAGAGAUCCAGGAGUUUCUGGAAUCAGACAAACUCUCAAAUAAUAAACUCUCUGCUGCACAUUGCUCAGCAAUAGCCUACAUGCUUCAGAUGUCAGAAGAGGUGCUAGACAAGUUUGAUCCCAUGAAAUACAACACAACAGAUGAGGGUAGACGGAGGCUGAUACCAGCUGUGAUAAACUACAGAAAAGCUCUACUUGAUGGAUGUCGUCUCUCUGAUCAGUGCUGUGAAAAUUUGUCUUCAGCACUCCAAUCAUCAAACUCCCAUCUGAGAGAGCUGGACCUGAGUAACAAUAACCUGCAGGAUUCAGGAUUGAAAUUGCUCUCUACUGGAUUAAAGAGUUCACAUUGUCAACUGAACAUAUUGAGACUCGCUGGAUGUGGUCUCUCUCAUCGGCACUGUGAAAGUUUGUCUUCAGCACUCCAAUCAUCAAAUUCUCAUCUGAGAAGUCUGGACCUCAGUAACAAUGACCUGCAAGAUUCAGGAGUGAAGCUGCUUUCUGAUGGACUGAAGAGUUUUCAUUGUCAACUGAGCAUACUGAGAUUGGCAGGUUGUAGAUUCACUGGUCAGUGUUGUGAAAGUUUGUCUUCAGCUCUACAAUCAUCAAAAUCCUGUCUGAGAGAGCUGGACCUCAGUAACAAUGACCUUCAGAAUUCUGGAGUGAAGCUCCUCUCUGCUGGACUGUCAGGCUGUCAACUGAGCAUACUGAGAUUGGUGACUUGUAAUCUCACUGGUCAAUGCUGUGGAAGUCUGUCGUCAGCUCUACAAUCAUCAAGCUCCUGUUUGACAGAGCUGGACUUGAGUAACAAUGACCUUCGGGAUUCAGGAGUGAAGCUGCUCUGUGCUGGACUGGAGAGUUUACAUUGUCAACUGAGCAUAUUAAGAUUGUCUGGCUGUAUGGUGACAGAGGAAGGCUGUCAUUAUAUAUCUUCAGCUCUGAGUUUAAACCCUUCACAUCUGAUAGAGCUGGAUCUGAGCUACAAUUACCCAGGAGAUUCAGGAGUCAAGAUGCUUUCUGAUACACUAAACCAUCCAAACUGCCCACUGGACAAACUCAAUAUGGAACAUGGAGGAGAAUUCAGGAUUACUGCAGGACUACGCAAAUAUGCCUGUGAUCUUACACUGGAUCCAAACACAGCAAAUACUCAUCUCAUUCUCUCUGAGGAGAACAGAAAGGUUACACGAGUGGUGGAGUAUCAGUCAUAUGAUUUCCAUCCAGACAGAUUUGAUGUGCGUCCUCAAGUUCUGUGUAGAGAGAGUAUGUCUGGGCGCUGUUACUGGGAGGUUGAAUGGAGUGGAUAUGCUGGAAUAUCAGUGACAUAUAAGGGUAUCAGCAGGAAAGGUUGGAGUCGUGAUUGUGAGUUUGGAUAUGAUGAAAAUUCCUGGAGUCUGAUCUGCUCCGAAGACACAUUUAUUGCUUUUCAUAGUUAUAAGCUAAAUGUCAUACGUGUCCCUUCAGAGAUAUUUAAUAGAAUAGGAGUGUAUGUGGACAUGUCAGCUGGCACUUUGUCCUUCUACAGCGUCUCUGACACAAAUACACUCAAACACUUACACACAUUCAACAACACAUUCACAGAGUCUCUUUAUGCUGGAUUUGGGUUUGGGUUUUAUCAUUUGAACUCCUCAGUAUCUCUAUAUCAGAUUGAAAAGUCUAUCAACAACAGAUACAGAAACCUUUCACACACAAAUGAAUAAAUUUUUUUUUGAAGCAUCGAAAAUACAUUUCGGUCCAAAAAUAGCAAAAACUAUGACUUUAUUCAACAUUGUCUUCUCUUCCGUGUCUGUUGUGAGAGAGUUCC